ACAGGCAAAGUGAGGUUAUGGAAACUUUGUUAUGGUUUGAAGACUCUUGUUCAGAAUUUACUAAUAAAAUUUUCUCAUAAUCGGAAAUACCAUUAAGACCAGGGAAUCAAACGAGUGAGAUGGAGUUCAUUGAUAUUGACGAAUUCUGCAGAGCAUGUCAAAUUAACACAGAAGGAGAAGCUCAAAAGAUACUCAUCUUUGAUACUGAGAAGCUUCCGGACAUCUUCAAAGAAACCACAUCCCUGGACAUUCAUGAGAACGAUGGACUACCCAAAGUAUUAUGUUGUUCCUGCUACGACCGCCUCCUGGAAGCUUACAACUUCCGGAAAAUAUGUUCUAAAGCGGCUCAGCACUUUCAGAAUAUCCUGUCGAUGGAUGAUGUUCCGGAAGAGAAGUGCAUUCCACCCCUUCCACCCAUUCCACAUAGAAAUCAAAGAGAUCCGUUUCCAGCUUUUAAUACGCGUCUGGAUAUUUAUUCGGAGAAAAUCAUCACACCUUCAGGGAGGGUAGUAGAAGUGCUUCCCAAUGAUCCACCUCUUCCGACACAGAGAAAUAUCCAUAAUAUCCUGUCGAUUGAUGAUGUUCCGGAAGAACAAUACAAACCACCUGAAGAAUUCAGUGACCCAUUUAUGCAUUCAGUUUCUCAACUACAUGAAAUUUAUUUGAAAAAGAAAGACUCAUCUUCAGACAGGAUUCUAGAAGUACUUAUAAAAGAUCCGGAAAGACCAAGGUAUAGAAACUUGAGAACAGUGAAUCGAGAAUGUGCUAUUUGCAAUUUAAAGUUCAUCCGGAAAGAAGGUCUAGAGAAGCACAUGAUAACUGAGCAUCUAGAAAUGCAAGAUCCUCUAAUGGUCAACUCUCCUCUACAAAAGAAAAACUCCCCUCCGGACAGGAACAAAUCACCACUCGAAGAUACUAACAAUCUGCCCAUAGAUCAAAAUCCCUUGGAACCAGCCGAGGAAGAUGAUUUGGAUGAUGUUCCCCUGAUCUUCAGAAAAACCACGAAAACCAAAAAUCAUCAAAAGUCUUCAGGGAUCCAAAAGAAGAAACCUCCCCCGAAGAUGAAGUUUUGGCGUGGCAAGCCCUUGUUUGAAUGCUGCCUCUGCAAUUCAACAUUCCGGCAGAAGAUCCGGGUGGAAAUACACAUGAGGAAGGUCCAUCUGGGAUUGAAGAAGCCCUGUGAGUGCAAAAUCUGUGGACUAGGCGUGACUCGACUGGAAGGGCUCAGAAUGCACAUGAGGACCCAUGAAAAUGGGAAACGAUAUUCCUGCCGUAAUAUAAUAUGCAAUGAGAAAUAUGAGACUUUCAAGGAUCUGAUGAGUCACAUGCAGGCAUCCCAUGAUGAAAAACUGUGGUCCUGUGAAUUCUGUUCCUAUAAAACCAUUGAAUUGAGAUUUUUGAUUCGUCACGUGAAAAUAAUUCAUGAAAAAUUGAGAAAGUAUAAUUGUUCCUACUGCCAGCGGGCCUUUGGAUAUCAAUACAAUCUCAAGAAACAUGAGAUGACCCACACAGGAGAGAAGCCCUUUGAAUGCAAAGAAUGUGGAAAGAAAUUCAUCCAAUCGAAUCAGUUACGAAAUCACCAAAUCAAUUAUCAUCUGAAGUCCAAAUCGUCCGACCCCGAAGACAACAUGAUUGGUUCGAAAUAUUUCAAUGAUUUCAUGAAAUAAAUUACACUGUGCAACAAUUUUAAA